CUUGUAUUUAAUCCAAAGUAUGAUGAAUUAUAUGCACCUAAAGUAGGACCUAAAAAUCCAUUUGCCACAAGUGAUACAAAAUUUGAUUCGGGAUUCAUGUUGAAUGGCGAGAUUAAUUCACAUAAUAUGAAUACUUAUUUAUUUAAUAGUCAAUAUUAUAAUUACGAUGUUUCAAGACAAGGUAAUUUAUUACCUGGAGGAAGUGCUGAAAGACCUAAUUCAUCAUCAAUUCAUGUUGGAUCAUCAGCAAAUAAAAAUAAGAAGAGGAAACAAGAUCAACUGGCAUCAUAUUCAUCAUCAACAAGUAAUAAUAAGAAUGAAAAAUACAUUGAAUUGAACGAGAGUGAAGAUGCGGAAAUUAUUUCUGCUUUUGGUGAGGAUGCAUUCAUAGAGGAUGAAACAGCUGAGGAACAACAUGAAAAUAUGAUUAAUGAAAUCAAGUCUCAACACGAGGAACAAAUGGCUAGAAGAAAGGAACAAAUUAAAGCCCUUAAAGAUCAACAAUCUGAAGAACAGGAUAAAAAGAAAAAGAAGGAAGAUUUUGGAAAAUUACCUGAAAUUGCAUUCAAUGAGGAAACUGAAAAGAAAACAUCAACUGAAGGAAAGGAUGGAUACAGUAUUUACCACUUGUCAACUGAUGUGGAUUAUCAAGGAAGAUCAUUCAUUUCACCUCCAUCUCAUCUCAAACCAUGUGAAUAUACUGAGAAGAAAUCAGUUCUUCCAAAGAAGUGUAUUCAUACCUAUCGUGGACAUCAAGAUGGUAAAAUGGUCACCUCCAUUGAAUUUUUUCCAGAAUAUGGUCAUCUCUUAUUGAGCGGUUCUAUGGAUUGUACAGUAAAGAUUUGGGAUGUUCUAGGCAAUAGGGAUUGUGUGAGAACCUACGUAGGUCACACCAAAGCUGUCAGAGCAUCAUCAUUCUCCCACGAUGGAGCUCAAUUUGCUUCAUGUGCCUAUGAUAAGAGAGUUAAUAUUUGGGAUACCGAAACUGGUAACAUACUUCAAACUUUCACCUCUGGUUCGACACCAUACUGUGUCAAGUGGAGUCCUCUCGAAGGCAGACAACAUGAAGUUAUUGUAGGGUAUUCGAAUAAUAGAAUUGUACAAUGGGAUACUAGGUCAGGAAAGAUUGUUCGUAAAUAUGAUAGACAUACAGGUUCAGUGAAUUCUUUGUGUUUCCUUGAUGGUGGUAAAAAGUUUGUUUCUAGCAGUGAUGAUAAAUCAAUAAGAUUAUGGGAAUAUGGUGUACCAACUGAGGUUAAGAAAAUUGCAGAUCCAGAACAACAUCCAAUGCCAUUCUUGGAAGCUCAUCCAAAUGGAAAGUGGAUGAUUGCUCAAUCUCUUGAUAAUCAAAUUUUGACAUUUGACGCUCAAUCAAGAUUGAAACAACAACAAAAUAAGAUAUUCAAGGGACAUCAAAUUGCUGGUUAUUCAUGUCAAGCUGGUUUUUCAAAUGAUGGAAAGUUUGUUUUCAGUGGAGAUUACACAGGAAAUGUUUGGUUUUGGGAUUGGAAAGAGGCAAAACAAAUCAAAAAGAUGCAAUGUCAUGAAGGAAUUGUCAUUGGUAGUAUUUGGCAUCCACUCGAUCGAUCUCUAUUUGCAACCUGUGGUAGUGAUAGUACUAUUAAACUCUUC